CUUGACAGUUAAAUGGUCAAAUAGGGCCUGUCUGACAGUUAGUGGAGAUAGGAUUGCUUUAGGGCUUGGAAAGUACCUAGAAAGGGCUUGGAUAGAGCCUGCUUAGAUGCUAGAUAGGUUAAAACUGUCAUAUAGUAGGUCUGAAUUAGGAGUUAGCUAGACAUGGCAAUCCAGUUUGUUUUCCCAGAGGGGAAAAUGAAGAUCCUAGAUGGGGCUGGAAGUGUUUUACUCGAAGUGUAAGACCAAAGGCCAUUCUAGAAGAAAUCAGUCUAUUCUGAGGCAUGUUUAAAGUUAGAAUUGUAAGAACCUUUCAGCUAUCUCUGUAUGGUGUGCUUAUUUCAUACAAAGUAUUGUGCCUUGUCAGAGUAGAUAUCAAGCUACAGCCCUCAUCAAAUGAACAUAAAUAAAAUUCUAAUUUUGAUCCCAAAAGUGCCUCAUCCUUACAUUGACCCACUGGGCAGGGGAUAAGUGGCCACAGGUUCUCCUUUCACAUAAGUGCAAUACUUUACUGCUGGUUAUAAAGAAUUACCUUGCUCCUAUAUUUAUUGCAAAGAUCGUCAUAUAACUCCCUUCUCCUCCCCAAAAUUUGAAUGCAUAAUAAUAAUUAGUAAUAAUAAUAAUAAUAAUAAUAAUAAUAAUAAUAAUUUAUUAUUUAUACCCCACCCAUCUGGCUGGGUUUCCCACUCUGGGCGGCUACCAGCAAAAUAUUCGAAUACCAUAAUUCAUCAAAUAUUAAAAGCUGCCUUCAGAUGUCUUCUAAAAGUCAGAUAUUUGUUUAUUUCUUUGACAUCUGGUGGGAGGGCGUUCCACAGGGUGGGUGCCACUACUGAGACCUCUGCCUGGUUUCCUGUAACUUCGCUUCUCACAGUGAAGGAACCGCCAGAAGGCCCUUGGAGCUGGAAGCUGGAUCUCAGUGUUUAAACACCCACUAAUUUCAUUUAUGCAAAGGUACAGCCGCUUUCUGUGUGCAAUGACGUUUGCCAUCCAGGUUACAGCAAGAGCAAGAAGGAAGAAAAACCUUUCUGCUGCUAUGAUUGUCUUCCAUGUCCAGAAGGGAGGAUUUCUAACUUAAGAGGUAAAUACAUUUUAUUCAUAGCAUUUUCCUCAGGUUAUAAACUGCUAUCAAUCACUUGUUCAACACAGUUUAUAGACAAGAAUUUACUUCAUAUUUAAAUGUUCCAAAUUUAGUGUGGGUGGUGAUACCCACAGCAUUUCUUUGUUGUUUAGCAUAGUGUUCAGCUUCUCAGAAGAAAAGGAAAGGAAAGGAAAUUUAGAAAUAAACAGGAUUUGAGCAUACCAGGACAGAAAGAAUAUGUAGUUCACAAUAACUCUUGCUUUGUGAUGUUCCAGGAAUUAAAAUACCAUCAGUGAGGGGAUCUGCUAUGCGCAUAGUCAUGCAAAAGUAACUGAGAUUGUGUACACUGGUUUUGAGCUAGGUGUCACCAUACACGGUUUUUUAAAUUCACUCAGCUGUAUUGAAUUCAGUAAUGUACUGUACGUAGAAGUACAUCCAUGUAUAAAACAAAAUUUGUUUCCUUUUUUAGAUGCAGAAUACUGCACUCAAUGUCCAGAAGAUCAUUAUGCAAACAAAGAACAAGAUUUGUGUGUUCCAAAGAAGAUCAGCUUCUUGUCAUACAAAGAACCGUUGGGGAUAAUCUUAGCUAAUUUCUCUCUUUCCUUUUGUUUUAUCACAGCUUUGGUGCAUGGGAUAUUCAUUAAGCACAAGGACACUCCCAUAGUCAAAGCCAACAACCGGAACAUCACCUACACUCUCCUCAUCUCCCUCUUGCUCUCCUUUGUUUCUGCUUUCUUGUUUAUUGGCCAGCCGCAUAAAGUUAUGUGUCUCUUUCAACAAGCUGCUUUUAUCAUGAUAUUCUCUGUGGCAGUUUCUUGUAUUUUGGCCAAAACGACUACAGUCAUUUUAGCUUUCAUGGCCACCAAGCCAGGGUCCAGUAUGAGGAGAUGGAUGGGAAAAAGACUGGAUAUUUCUGUUGUUGUUUCCUGCUCCCUAGUUCAAGCUAUUCUUUGUACUCUAUGGCUGGCAAUCUCUCCCCCUUUCCCUGAUUUAGAUGCACAUACAAUGGCUGAAGAGAUUGUUCUGGAAUGUAAUGAAGGAUCGGCCAUCAUGUUUUACUCUGUCCUGGGCUAUAUGGGCUUCCUGGCCAGUAUCAGCUUCACUGUGGCCUUCUUAGCCAGAAAGUUGCCUGACAGUUUCAAUGAAGCCAAGUUCAUCACCUUCAGCAUGGUGAUGUUUUGCAGUGUGUGGCUGGCAUUUGUCCCAACCUACCUGAGCACAAAGGGAAAUACAUGGUGGCUGUGGAGAUCUUCUCCAUCUUGGCCUCUGGCGCUGGGUUACUGGGCUGCAUCUUUGCCCCUAAAUGCUAUAUCAUUUUGAUUAAACCUGAGUUGAACAACAGGGGGCAGCUAAUGAGAGGAAAGUACAAAUCACAAAUUGGAAAGUCCCAAUCUAGUUGAAGUUGGAUUGAAUGAGUGCCAACAAACUCAAGCUCAUUCCAGAUGAGACUGAGGGACCUUUGGUGGGCAGUUCCCUAGACUGUAUGGAUGGGACGUUGCCUGCUCUUGAUGUGGUUACACUCCUUCUGAAGGAGUGGGUAAAUAGGUGGGGGUUACUUCUUGAUCCUUUGCUCUUGCUUGAGGCACAGGUGGCCUUCGUGGCAUGGAGUGCCUUUUAUCAGCUUCAGCUGGUGGCCCAGCGCUGCCGCUUUCUGAACAGGGGAAACCUAACUUGUGUUGUCUAUGCUGUGGUAACGUCUAGGUUAGAUUACAGCAACAUGUUAUACUUGGAGUUGUUUCUGAAGAUCCUUUGGAAAUUUCAGCUGGUGCAGCAUUUGGAGGCCAG